AUGCUGCUCCUUUGCACCCAGGCUGCUCUGGCUACUCCAGCUAUAGCUAAGUUGGCCCUACAUGCUGCUGGGUCUGCUAUUUUGGAAGACACAAUCCAGAAACCUUGGCGUUUUCCAAGUGCCAUUAAGUCUGCAGGCUCACAGAAUGCAAGAGUUGUGGAGGCAUGGCAGGCUCCACCCUCAUUUCAAGGGAUAUAUGGAAAAGCAUGGAGAUGCAGGAAGAGAUUUGAUGCAGGGGUAGAGACACUGCAGAGAACCUUCAAUAACACAAUGCUAAGCAGAAAUGUGGGGUUGAAGUUGCAGCAGAGAAACCCCAGGAGGUCCAUGCCUGGUGGAGCAAUGGGAGUGGGACCACCACCAAGACCCCAGAAUAAUAGAGCUACCAGUGUGCAAUGCCAGCCUGGAACAGAUGAAGCAUGA